AUGAACACGGUGGCGGUUAUAAGUUCUUCUGGAAAGGCACACCAGCUACAGAACCUAGACGCUCUGGUGUUGGAUUUGCAAUCUGAAUGCAGAUUGCUAAUAGACUGGAAGAGAGUCCACAAAUACAUCUCGGACCAUAUCAUAUCUUUGCGUCUUCAUUUGACAAAUUCAAGAUACUUGAAUUUGAUCAGCGUUUAUGCGCCAACAAUGGACAAUGAUGACGAGAUUAAAGGUGCAUUUUAUGAAGAAGUUACCAAUGUGCUUACAAAAAUACAUCCAACACAGCAAAUCUUACUGCUCGGAGACUUCAACGCGCACAUUGGCCGUGACUGUGAUGCUUGA